AUGCGAGGCCUUUGGACGCUGUCCCCUUUCCUUUUCUCCGCCGUCAAGGCAUUCCCCGCCGCAAGCGCGACUGCUUCGGUGUCCGUUGCUGCGUCGAGCUCUCCGGCGCCUACAGCGAGUGCAACCGGCAAUCCCUUCGAGGGGUACCAGCUCUAUGUGAAUCCCUACUACAAAUCCGAAGUGGAAAGCGAGGCCAUUCCGUCUUUGACUGGCUCGCUGGUGGCGCAAGCAAGUGCCGUGGCUGAUGUGCCUUCAUUUUACUGGCUGGAUACGGCGGACAAGGUGCCUGUAAUGGGCGAAUACUUGGAAGAUAUCCAGACACAGAAUGCUGCGGGAGCGAAUCCUCCUAUCGCUGGGAUCUUUGUUGUCUAUGACCUUCCUGACCGGGACUGCGCUGCACUGGCCAGCAAUGGCGAAUACUCGAUUAGUGAUGGUGGUGUUGAGAAAUAUAAAGCGUACAUUGACUCUAUCCGGGAGCAGAUUGAGACAUACUCGGAUGUGCAGACUAUCUUGAUCAUUGAACCGGAUAGCUUGGCCAACCUGGUGACGAAUCUCAAUGUGGCUAAAUGCGCUAAUGCUGAAUCUGCUUAUUUGGAAUGUACCAACUAUGCACUUGAGCAGCUGAAUUUGGGAAACGUGGCUAUGUAUCUGGAUGCUGGCCAUGCGGGUUGGCUAGGAUGGCCUGCUAACAUCGGACCGGCAGCGCAGCUCUUCGCUUCUGUAUAUGCGAAUGCAUCAUCGCCGGCUGCUGUUCGUGGACUAGCCACCAAUGUUGCCAACUACAACGCCUGGAGCAUCGACACAUGCCCCUCUUAUACAUCAGGUGAUGAUGUCUGCGAUGAGAAGAGUUACAUUAAUGCCAUUGCGCCAGAACUGUCCAGCGCCGGAUUUGACGCCCACUUUAUUACUGAUACGGGCCGCAACGGAAAGCAACCCACUGGCCAGAGCGCGUGGGGAGACUGGUGCAAUGUAAAGGGCACAGGAUUCGGUGCCCGGCCAUCCACUGACACUGGAGACGAUUUGACCGACGCCUUUGUCUGGGUCAAGCCAGGCGGAGAAAGUGACGGCACCUCGGACUCCUCUGCUGAGCGCUACGAUGCGCACUGCGGAUAUAGUGAUGCCUUGCAACCUGCUCCGGAGGCUGGGACUUGGUUCCAGGCCUACUUCGAGCAGCUUUUGACAAACGCUAACCCUUCUCUGUGA